GGUGUGGCCAGGGGCCCGUAUAAAGUCCGGGGGAGCCGGUCCCGGGCAGCCGCUCAGCCCCCUGCCCCCCCACCGCCCGCCGCCUGGGCCGGGCCGAGGAUGCGGCGCAGCGCCUCGGCGGCCAGGCUCUCUCCCCUCCGGCCAGCUUGCUAACUUCCUCGGCUCCGUCCUUGUCCUCCAGCGGGGGCCACCGCGUGUCCCCGCGUCCUCCGGGUCGGGUCCUCCAGGCGCGCCGGGCGCUUGCCCCUGUGUGUCCCCCGCUGCCAGCCCGCGCCCCGUCCCCGUCCGGUCAUGCUGUCCCUCUGCCUCGUGGCCGCGCUGCUGCUGGCCGCCGGGCCCGGGCCGAGCCUGGGCGACGAAGCCAUCCACUGCCCGCCCUGCUCCGAGGAGAAGCUGGCGCGCUGCCGCCCCCCCGUGGGCUGUGAGGAGCUAGUGCGAGAGCCGGGCUGCGGCUGUUGCGCCACUUGCGCCCUGGGCAAGGGGAUGCCCUGUGGGGUGUACACCCCCCGCUGCGGCUCCGGCCUGCGCUGCUACCCGCCCCGGGGCGUCGAGAAGCCCCUGCACACGUUGGUGCACGGACAAGGCGUGUGCAUGGAGCUGGCAGAGAUCGAGGCCAUCCAGGAAAGCCUGCAGCCCUCUGACAAGGACGAGGGUGACCACCCCAACAACAGCUUCAGCCCCUGCAGCGCCCACGACCGCAAGUGCCUGCAGAAGCACUUAGCCAAAAUUCGAGACCGGAGCACCAGUGGGGGCAAGAUGAAGGUCAUCGGGGUGCCCCGAGAGGAAGCCCGGCCUGUGCCCCAGGGCUCCUGCCAGAGUGAGCUGCACCGGGCGCUGGAGCGGCUGGCUGCCUCACAGAGCCGCACCCACGAAGACCUUUACAUCAUUCCCAUCCCCAACUGCGACCGCAACGGCAACUUCCACCCCAAGCAGUGCCACCCGGCCCUGGAUGGGCAGCGCGGCAAGUGCUGGUGUGUGGACCGGAAGACGGGAGUGAAGCUUCCGGGGGGCCUGGAGCCGAAGGGGGAGCUGGACUGCCACCAGCUGGCUGACAGCUUCCGAGAGUGAGCCUGUCAGCAGGCAGGGGGCUCAGUGCCCCCUGCUGCCCCCUCCCCUGGAGGCUGCAGAGCUGACCUGGAGCCUAGGUCUGAGUCUUGGCUUUGCCUCUGGCCUAGAAGUUUCCUUCGGGGUGUGUUUGUGUGUAUGUGUGUGUGCGUGUGUGCUGAUGAGCAUGGGUGUGCGCUUGGGGUGAGCCGAAGCCUAGGGGUGUCCUCUAUGGGCUUAGAUAACCCAAGAGAGCCCUGGUAUGUUUCCAAAUUGAUCCUGGAUUCAUUCAUCCAUUCAGCCCUUCAGCCCUUCAGCCAUCUAUAAACACUUGUUGACCACAUACUACAUGCCAGCUCUAGUUUGCAGCCCUGGGGACUCAUCUUGACUCCCUCUGAUGUAGAUAUGUGGGGCCACCUCCUGCAAGGUGAGCCCAAGUCUGUGGGAGAAGAGAAGUCCCAGUUCCAUAAUCAGGGGAGGAAAGUAGACAUGUAGCUUGAUCAUUGUCCCUUCCCUCAGUCUAGUCAGAACGUGGAGUCCCAGUUCCAUAAUCAGGGGAGGAAAGUAGACAUGUAGCUUGACCAUUGUCCCUCCCCUCAGUCUAGUCAGGAGGUCUAGUCCCUACCAUAGGGAAGGUGAGGGGUAGCAGGAGACCCACUGAGACCCAAUCCCAAAACGGAAACUUGCCAGGCUCCCAUUUACUCCCCAGGUCCUUCCAGGGGGAAGGACCUGCAGGGGCAAGCCCACCUUGGCUUGAUGCCUGGCAACUGAGACCCUGCUCUGGGGAAGGGAAGAGGUCAGAGGAAGCCCUGCAGAGGGCUGGGGAGGUGGGGCUCAUCUCUGAGCAAUCAGAGUAGGAGGAAAGAAUGUAUGUGCCUGAUGGAGAAAGGGAUCGCCUUGCUGGGAGGUGAGGGACUUGUCUGGGGUCCUCCUUCCUCCUCCGUUUGUGGUCACAGACAGGAAGUCACAGGAUGACGGCAUCCUUCAGUGGCUCACUGUCUGUGGCUCUGCCUUCCUACCCACAUCUCCUUCCCUGGAUUUUCCUCCCUUAUAUUUCACUACCCCUGGGCAUUUUCUGGCUCAACUGGAUGGGCAGAGACUUAGGAACCUACCAGUUGGCCAUGAUGUCUUGUCUUUUUUUUUUUUUAACAAAACAGAACAAAACCAAAAAAACCCUA